UCCGUGAAGCUCGCCUUAGACAAGCACAGCUCUGCCGCUGCCAGUUCCCCCAAACGCUAAAACCCUAAUGUAACUUCAGACAAACUGAAUAAGAAGAAGAAGAAGAAGAACAACGACAAAAGGAAAAGCACCGCAAAUAGGCGUCAGAGAGAGUGAAGUAACGAAACGAAACCAUUUGCAACUGCAAUGGCGCAAAACGGUAGCAUUAGAAGUAGGUGCCGACCGAACAUCCUUGUCACGGGUACACCCGGGACGGGCAAGACAACGACGUCCUCUGCUCUAGCGGAGGCCACCCAUCUCCGCCACUUAAACGUCGGAGAUUUAGUCAGGGAGAAGAAUCUCCACGACGGCUGGGAUCCGGAGCUCGAAUCUUACCUCAUUAAUGAAGACCUCGUUUGUGAUGAGCUCGAGGAUUUGAUGGAAGAAGGGGGGAACAUUGUGGACUACCAUGGCUGCGAUUUCUUCCCUGAGCGAUGGUUUGAUCGAGUAGUUGUGCUUCAGACUGACAACACGGUGUUGUACGAUCGCUUGAGCAGGAGAGGUUAUACAGGAUCAAAGCUUUCAAACAAUAUUGAAUGUGAAAUCUUUCAAGUUCUGCUUCAGGAGGCGAGAGAGAGUUAUCCAGAGGACAUUGUGAUGGCAUUAAAGAGUGAUACCAUUGAAGACAUUACAAGAAAUGUUACAAGUUUAACAGAUUGGGCGAGGAGUUGGCAUCCUGCUUCCUAAUCACAGCAAUAUCAUCAUCUCCCCUCCAUCCUAUAUUCAUUUACAAUGUAGUUGUGAGCACUAGCCCCUGCUCGAUUAAGGUUUUUGUAACAUAGUUUUCUUUGGUGAACCUAAACUUAAAAAAUAAACUCAACUAAAGACGGAUAGGACUCACUCUUGAAGCAAAUUUAAGCCCAUCACCCUCCUUUUAUGAUGCCCAUACGAUUUCUGUAAGAUGUUGUUUUGUCAGAUUAAUCUCUUUUGGCUGUGUAAGCGUAUCGUAAAUGCUUAGGAGUUUAAUGUACUUGACUCAAAUCAGAUUUUAAUUCCACUGGAUGAGUGACAAUUUUGCCU